UUCCUCCGGCUUGGACACUGAGAGCAUCUCUAUGAUGGACUGUGGAACGGAAAGUCGAGGCGAGUUGUGGCAUUUACACUUGUUCUUUUGAUAAGGCGACCAGAUCACGAUUCCAACCUCAUAUGAUGUUCCCAUUCGCGCGCACUCUUAUGUAGCCAAGGCGUUUAGACAUUUAACACUCAUAUCUUCAUUAGCGAUCUUCAACAUCACCAUCCUCAUCAGCCCUGGAAGACGUCGAGUCGUUUUGGACCCAAAAGUCAUGGAUGUAUGGUUCUGUUCAGCGGUUCCAGUGUUCACCUGGAGGCUUCUCUUUCUUUCAAGCAUCUUCCAGGGUUAUUGGAGCUCCAUGCUCGAUUGUCCACUAACAUGCAGCUGUUCGCCCAUUGAGAUAUAUUGCAAUAAGUCCGACAGUGGAAAUUUCUUCCCUUUACUUGCUCUACAAGAUCCGGCGAGCAAUGGCAGUAACAAUAAUGACAUUGAAGAGCUCUUCAGGAACAUCACGUCCAUACACAUAGAGAACUGGACAGGAUUGCAGAUUCUUAAGGAUGUUGACAUGGAACUGUACACAGGACUCCAGAGACUGACAAUAAUAAACUGCAAUUUACGGACAAUCCAGGCACGAGCAUUUGCGCAGAACCCUCACCUCCGCUACAUAAACCUGUCCAAGAACCCUCUGACGACACUCUCUUGGCAGCUUUUUCAGCACCUUCAGCUAGUCGAACUGAGGCUGGAGGGGGUCGUCUUUGACUGCGGCUGUGGGAUCCGAUGGAUUCAGCUCUGGCAGCUGCGAGGUGAGGCCGGCCUGCACACCCAGCAACUCUACUGCAAGAACGGCGCAAGCAAGAUCCGCCUGAGAUCAAUGAGCAUUGCCUACUGUGACCUGCCAGAUAUCAGUGUUGCUCACAGUAACCUCACUGUGCUGGAGGGCGGUAACGUGGCGCUCAGCUGUAAUGGCUCUGGGUCUCCUGUACCUGAGGUGGACUGGACUGUGAACGGCCUUCACUCCAUCAACACGCACCAGUCGAAUGUCUACUGGCCCAACAUUCACUCCAUCAACCUGACACUGGUCAACGUGAGCAGAGACGACAACGGAUUUGUUCUGACCUGCAUCUCUGAGAAUGUGGUCGGGAUGACCAAUGUGUCCCUUCAGCUGGCUGUGCUAUUUCCGCCAGUAAUCCUGAAGCUGGACGAGCCGGAGCGGCGCCAUCACACCUGCAUUGAGUUCACUGUGAGGGGCUUUCCCCAUCCCACACUGCGCUGGUUCCACAAGGGCCGUGAGAUCCUGCAGAGCGAGUAUAUCCGCAUGGAGAUGGAGCACUACCAAGAUUACUUGGAAGGCUGCUUGACUUUUCAGAACCCCACGCAUUACGACAAUGGAAACUAUACCCUAGUAGCCUCUAACUCUCUCGGGUCAGUCACCAAAACCAUCUACGGCUAUUUUCUUGAGCCACCGUUCAUUGAGGAUGACGGAAUAAUUGAGUACACUCCAACACCUGAAGAUGAGGCGAAGAGUCCUGAAGAAGAUUCAUUUGGAAUGUCGAUUGCUGUUGGUCUGGCUGGCUUUGGUUGCGUCUUCCUCAUUGUGAUUUUCGUCCUCAUCAACAAAUACAGCAGACGCAACAAAUUUGGGAUAAAAGGCCCAGUGGCAGUCAUCAGCGGUGAGGAAGACUCUGCAAGCCCUCUUCAUCAUGUCAACCAUGGUAUCGUCACACACUGCUCUCUCGACGCGGGACCGGACGCCGUCGUAAUCGGCAUGAGUCGCAUUCCUGUCAUCGAGAACCCGCAGUACUUUCGACAUGGACACAACUGCAACAAGCCAACCACUUAUGUGCAGCAUAUUAAACGGAGGGACAUUGUUCUGAAGAGGGAGCUGGGUGAGGGAGCUUUUGGGAAGGUGUUUCUGGCUGAAUGUUACAACCUCAGCCCCACCAAAGAUAAGAUGCUGGUGGCUGUGAAGACUCUUAAAGAUCCGACCCUGACUGCCAGAAAAGACUUUCAAAGGGAGGCCGAGCUCCUCACCAACCUCCAGCACGAGCACAUUGUGAAGUUCUACGGCGUGUGCGUGGACGGUGACCCUCUCAUCAUGGUGUUUGAGUACAUGAAGCAUGAAGACCUCAAUAAGUUUCUGAGAGCCCAUGGUCCAGACGCCAUGAUCCUUGUUGAUGGCCAACCGAUGCAGUCUAAUGGGGAACUUGGUCUCUCGCAGAUGUUUCAUAUCGCUACACAGAUAGCGGCAGGCAUGGUCUACCUGUCCUCCCAGCAUUUUGUGCACCGUGACCUGGCCACCCGCAACUGCCUCGUGGGUAACGGCCUGCUCGUGAAAAUUGGAGACUUCGGGAUGUCCAGAGACAUCUACAGCUCAGAUUACUAUCGAGUGGGAGGUUACACCAUGCUGCCCAUACGCUGGAUGCCUCCGGAGAGCAUCAUGUACAGGAAGUUCUCCACAGAGAGCGAUGUAUGGAGCUUCGGAGUCAUUAUGUGGGAGAUCUUCACCUAUGGGAAACAGCCAUGGUUUCAGUUAUCUAAUAAUGAGGUCAUUGAAUGCAUUACCCAAGGUCGGGUUCUAGACAGGCCUCGCCUGUGUCCUAAGGAGGUGUACGACCUCAUGUUAGGCUGCUGGCAAAGAGAGCCGCAACAACGACUGAACAUCAAAGACAUUCAGAAAGUUCUUUACACUCUGGGAAAAGCCACGCCUGUCUACUUGGACAUCCUCGGCUGAGACUGGAGCGACGUCUCUCAGCAGAAUCCAACACAAUCCAGGAAUAACCAAACAAGCCCUUUUCCCCGCGUCGGCGCUCCACUGUAAAAACACCAACACGUCGGAGAUGGACUUUAAGUG